AUGUCUGCUUUUGUUUCUGUACAACUUUAUGGCGGUGCCAUCACGGUUGAGCUCCCAUCUGUCUUCGGCGAUGUGAGCUCUAUCCGCGAGGUACCAGAUACUCAAGAAGUCUGGCUCGACCGAAAUGGAUUGACCAGCGUCAUCUUCGACCUGACUGAGCGGGUCGACGAGCCUGAGGCACGGAAUGACGAGGAAGCGCUGAAGUACCACCUCUCGGACAUAGUCGAGCCCAACGACACGCUUCAAACCUGGCAAUUCAACGUUGCAUCUCUUGCACGCAUGCCUAACGUCCCCGCGUAUUCCCUUGUUGCAACUCAACACCCAGCUGCAGCGCCAGAGAACCGCAGGCCGCAGCCGGAUUUUACGGGAAUUUUACUGGUUCUCGUGCGCCUAAUCGAGCAGAAGACGGACAUUGUCAUCACAGUCAAUGUCCCUCACGUGCCCGGCGAAUAUCCCAAGGAAGAUGUCGACUUUGCAGCAGCAAGGCAGGGCCCGCUUAUGGACGCCGCCACAGCAAUUAAGCAGCAUAUUCUGCAGACUUUUGAGAUCAAGGAUUACAGCCUUUUUGUUACGGAGGACUAG